CAGGGAGCUCGUGUGAUGACGUGCCUGCACUCAGCUGCAAGCUGCAGUGACACUGCAAUGGCUGAGGGGCGGCUGCUGGAUCUUCGCAAUGAGCUCAUUCUCCCCGGAGGGAGCAGGAUUUACAGUGCAUCACCCAGCAACUGCAGCCUUCUUGUGAAAUUCAUCUUUAGCUUCUCCUCAGUUAGCCUGGUCUGAUUCUUCACUUUGGGUGUGUGUACAUGGGACCAUCUUCCCAUCUGAGAUCAUGCUGGAGAAUUACGCUUGAUUCCAUGAGAAUUUGGACCUCCAGCUCCUGGCAGGACUGCCCUCAUUAAGCAGAUGUUUGUGGGAGAGGAAUGGUGUUAAACCCCAGCGCUGUCACCUUCGCUGCCUUGAACUGUUAAGCCUCUACUCGUGCUUAGACAGAGAAUAGUGCUGCUCUGUUGUGGUUUUGACUAUGAGUCAUGAUGUAUAAACCAAUGCAUUGAAGGUCAUCAUCCAAAAAGAUUGUUAUCCACAUUAACAGGGCAAGUAAGAAAAUGUAGUGGGACGGAGGCAAGGACAAGAAGCCCCAAGCAAGUGCUGGGACAAGUGCCUCCAGGCAGGACUCCCCUCCCUGUCACGCGGCUUCACCAUGUCCAAGAAGGGCACCAGCAGCCGAGGUAGGGGGGAAAAGCCGGACGCCUUGGCCGCCUUGCAGGCUGCCAAUGAAGAGCUCAGGGCCAAGCUCACCGACAUCCAGAUAGAGCUCCAGCAAGAAAAGAGUAAGGUCAGCAAGUUGGAAAGGGAGAAAAAUCAGGAAGUUAAGCAGAUCAAGGAGCACGAACAGCAUAAAAGUACAGUAGUGGUAACAGAGCUCAAAGUCAAACUUCAUGAAGAGAAAAUGAAGGAGCUCCAAGCUGUUCGAGAAGCACUUUUGAGACAACAUGAAGCUGAACUACUUAGAGUAAUAAAAAUUAAAGAUAAUGAAAUCCAGAGACUACAGACCCUUCUCAAUGCUGUACGUGAUGGGGCUCCUGACAAGGUGAAAACAGUGCUGCUUACGGAGGCAAAGGAGGAGGCCAAGAAGGGGUUUGAAGUCGAGAAAAUCAAAAUGCAGCAAGAAAUUUCAGAGCUGAAGGGUGCUAAGAAACAGGUGGAAGAGGCUUUAACUAUGGUCAUCCAAGCUGACAAAAUUAAAGCAGCGGAGAUAAGGAGUGUAUAUCACCUGCAUCAAGAGGAAAUCAGCAGAAUUAAGAGGGAGUGUGAGAGAGAAAUUCGUAGACUGAUGGAGGAGAUUAAGUUUAAAGACAGAGCAGUCUACGUGCUGGAGAGAGAGUUAGGGGUUCAAGCCGGGCAUGCUCAGAGACUGCAGCUCCAAAAGGAGGCUUUAGAUGAACAACUUUCCCAGAUCAAAGAGUCUGAUCGGCAUCUGAGCAGCCCCAAGCGGGAACUUCCUUAUGCAAGUGGUGCAGGAGACGCUUCAGAUCAUUCGGGAAGCCCCGAACAGCAGUUGGAUGAAAAGGAUGCCCGGCGUUUCCAACUUAAAAUCGCUGAACUGAGUGCCAUCAUUAGGAAGCUGGAGGACCGGAACGCUCUGUUGUCAGAGGAGAGGAACGAGCUGUUGAAACGUCUUAGAGAGGCUGAAAGUCAGUACAAGCCCAUUUUGGACAAAAAUAAACGCCUUAGUAGAAAGAAUGAAGAACUGUCACAUGCCUUACGUCGAAUGGAAAAUAAAUUAAAAUUUGUAACACAAGAAAAUAUAGCAAUGAGGCAAAGAGCUGGAACAAUAAGGAGACCAAGCUCUUUAAAUGACCUUGACCACAGCCAGGAAGAAAGAGAAGUUGAUUUCCUGAGACUACAAGUUAUUGAACAGCAAAACAUCAUUGACGAACUGUCCAAGACACUGGAAACUGCUGGCUAUGUGAAGAGUGUCAUGGAACGUGAUAAGCUAUUAAGGUAUAGGAAACAAAGGAAAAAAAUGACAAGAAUUCCUAAGAAGCCAGUUGUGGAGACGUUUUUUGGCUACGAUGAAGAAGCUUCCCUGGAGUCUGAUGGUUCCUCUAUCUCAUACCAAACCGACCGCACGGAUCAAACCCCUUGCACGCCUGAAGAUGACUUGGAAGAGGGCAUGGCCAAGGAAGAGACAGAACUGCGGUUUCGGCAGCUGACAAUGGAGUACCAGGCUCUGCAACGAGCAUACGCCCUAUUGCAAGAACAGGUCGGAGGAACAUUGGAUGCAGAACGAGAAGUUAAGACACGUGAGCAGCUCCAAGCGGAGAUACACCGUGCUCAGGCUCAGAUCGAGGACCUGGAGAGGGCCCUUGCUGAGCAGGGGCAGGACAUGAAGUGGAUUGAGGAGAAGCAAGCGUUGUAUAGAAGAAAUCAAGAACUGGUAGAAAAGAUAAAACAAAUGGAAGCUGAGGAAGCCCGCUUAAAACAUGAUGUCCAGGAUGUUAAGGAUCAAAACGAGCUCCUGGAGUUCAGGAUCUUGGAGCUUGAGGAGCGAGAAAGACGAUCACCUGCCAUCAACUUCCAUCAUGGUCCCUUUACAGAGGGGAAAAGCCCUCUCCAAGUCUACUGCGAGGCAGAAGGUGUAACAGACAUAGUAGUAGCAGAGCUGAUGAAAAAGUUGGACAUUUUAGGGGAUAACGCCGUAAGUAAUCUGACCAAUGAAGAGCAAGUAGUUGUCAUACAAGCCAGGACAGUUCUCACAUUGGCUGAAAAGUGGCUACAGCAGAUAGAAGUGACGGAGUCUGCGCUGCAGCAGAAGAUGCUGGACCUUGAGAAUGAAAAGGAGCUGUUCAGCAAGCAAAAGGGCUACCUGGAUGAUGAGCUCGACUUCAGGAAACAGUCCUUGGACCAAGCUCACAAGCAAAUUCUGGAAUUAGAAGCCAUGCUCUAUGAUGCCCUGCAGCAAGAAGCUGGAGCCAAAAUUUCCGAACUUCUUUCAGAAGAGGAGAAAGAGAAACUGAAGAGUGCUGUAGAGCAAUGGAAGCGGCAGGUGAUGAGCGAGCUCCGGGAAAGAGACGCCCAAAUCCUGCGAGAAAGGAUGGAGCUCAUUCAACACGCACAGCAGAGAAUUAAAGAGCUAGAAGAAAGAAUUGAAGGCCAAAAAAGACAAAUAAAAGAGUUAGAGGAAAAGCUUUCAUUCUUUGGUCAUAGUCCUUCAGGCCACAUGCAAAAGUUUCACUCUACUGAGGAAGCUACAAUUGCUUCUACCGUUAUUAACAGGAAGACAGCACUGAUUACCAAGACAGAAAAAGAGACAUUGCCAUUUCAAAAAAACCCAAGUCUCUCUUGUAUUUUGCUACUGGCGAUGGAAGAUGCAAUCUUUCUGACCAUUUCAGACUGAAGCAGAACUAGGGUACGUGGAAAUUUCUGCACAGGUGACGUCUGCACCACUGAAAUCUCUGACUGAGCAUUUUGAAAGCUAGAACUAAGCUGACAAAGAAAAAAGCCAAAAACCCCCUCCCUCUCCUACAGCCACAGGCUCCUUCCCGGAGUACUGGCUCUGCUGCUUGAACUAACUUUCAGCGGAAGUCCUGGCUCUGCUGCUUGAAAUAGCUCUCAGCUUUACGUAAGGAGCGGAAUACUAAUUCAGAUAAACUGAAUAUAUUUUGGUUCCCUGCUAAGCAGGCAGUAAAUUGCUUCUCUGUAGAAGUGACAGUGUCCUGUUUUAUAUGUCACACAUUUAUAUUUGUUAUUCAUAGUUAUUUAAAAAUCUGUCUUGAAAGAAGAUUUUAGAAAGAGUUCCAGAGGAGUAACUCAUGAAAAGAUAAAUGUGAAUGAAAAUGGACAUGUUUUGUUCCAAAGUAUUUCUUCAUAACACAGGGUAUGUCUGAUGGUUUGUUGAAUAUCCCGCAAGCCCAGUUUUAGGGGAAAAUGUGAAGCUAUGUUCAGGAAAUCAAGCUGUAAUUUUGGGGGGAGUUUUCAGUAGACCGUGGCCUGCAGCAUGAUGAGAAAAAUGGCACGAUAAUUUAUAAUUUGCUGUCCCUGAAUGGUGACAAAAUGCUUAGUAUUGUCCCAGCAAAAAGUUUGACCUGGAAAAGAGUGAAUGUAAAACACGUUAUCCCUGAUCCACAUGCUCUGGGCUGGGGGAGCCGGCAAGAGGGAACAGAAGAUUUUGUCCCCUUGGGGCAAGGGAGCACAAGUACUGCAGAGCCUGAGCCCAGGAGGCUGGUACAGGAGCCGGGAAGGAAAAUGGACGCUCUAGAAAAACAGGUGAAGGAUGGAAAAUCCAGAAGAAUUCCCUCAGUCCGAUUCACUCUAUGGGAGCUGCAGACAAGUGCACAAGCCUGGGGCUGUUGGGUAAGGCCAAGAACAAGCUCCCACCCACAGCUGUCCUGGAGUGCGGUGUAGCCAGGGUGCCCGAGGCGCAGGAUGCAGUGGAGGAGCAGCCCACCCUCGGAGGCACCGGGCGGGAAGCGAAACCAGAGCUCCUGGCAGGUACCUGCACCGCUUCCAAAACUUGUGUUGAGUUUAUAAAGCUAUGAAGAAAAUCCCUUGAUACCGAAAUUCUAGAAACUCUCCGGAUACUUGUACAUCAAUCACCUGUUUUAAACCAGACAGUGUAAACAGCAAAGGGAGCUAAACUACAAAAAUGUAAGAAAAUGAAUUGUUCAGAAAAGUGUUAUAUUUGUACUGAAGUAAUACGACAUUUUAAGUCAAAGGUUGUGGAUUUUGAUGUCAGUGUAUAUUACAAAAGCAAUUUAACAAAUUCCAGUUCUACCAGAUACAAAUACCAGUGCUGUGGUUACAUUGAUAAGCCCCAUUUUUACUUCUGCAUUUCAUGCUUCAAACAUGUGUCCACUCUGAGUUCUCCUUAAUGUCUUAGAAUGUUUUUUGUACUUCAAAGAGCUGCAAGCAGUGGUUGAGGCACCUGCCCGCAGCCCAAGGCACUGCGGAGCUCCGCAGGGAGGUGACGUGCCGGCCCCUCGCAGGGCACCUUCCCUGGCAGGCGGGGGGGUGCAGCGCUGCUGCCCAGGGUUGCGGGGGCACGGCAGCUGCUCAGGGUGCGCUGCCGGGGCUGGCAACAGGGGCAGCCCAUGCGUUGGGCAGUGGCCUGGCUCCAUUUCAUCGCUGCUUACUCAGGCUGUGCUUUUGCAUGUCAUGCACAUGUGUCUAGAAUUUCAGGUCCAUUUUCCCAUUACUUAGACUUUCUUCAUCAUGCUUUUUUUUCUUUUUUUAAUUAAAAAGCCAACUGUACAGGACAGGUAUAUGUGUAAAUAAAGGAUUAUGCUUAUAUAUAUGUUAAUAUUUAUAUGUAAAAAGAUAUGUACAUAGGAAAGAAAAAAAUGGUUCAAGUAAUGUUUUCAAUACUGUUCCUUUCUUAUAAAUGCAGACAGGAAAUUUACAUAGAUGUGUUCCUUAAUUUUAGCAUAAGGGUUUUCACUCAAUUUUCAGUCACUCUGCAUUUGAUCCCACUGGGGUUUUGUACGAUGACUUUGUGCAGUGAGUCCUUGACCGUGGCAUGGAGCCACUCCUGAGACGCGCCACCCUCUCCAUCCCUGAGAUGAGCUCUGUCAGAGAUCUCGUUUGCUGUCGUCUCGCCUACGGGUUUUGCGCAUCUUUUAAAAACAUGGUCUCAGAGCCACAGGACCAUGGCAGGGGGGUGCAUUACCCUAAUCCAGGGCUUUUUCCUGCAGACCCUCAGUCUUGGUGCAGAACAGCAGCAGAAAGGUGGAGUUUGCAGCCCGGGGAGGGAUCCUCAGCUGUUCUCUGGCUGGCGAGCAGGCUUCUGAGGCAAGCGGUCGCAAGGCAGGGGCUGCCAACCACUCCAGUUUCUCAUCCAUAAGCACCUUUUAUAAAACCCCCAGAUGUCCUUCAAAUAACAGCAAGAGAAGAGGGCCAGAUAAACUGAGCAUCUCACCAGGUGCAUCGCUGAUGUAUACGUUAGCUGCGGCAGGCAGUCUCUGCAGGAGCACCGGAGUGGCUCGCACGCUGCCUGCCUGGGUGCCCAGGCCUGGCACGGGCCGGCUGCCACCUGUGCCGAGGCGCAUCUAAUCCGAAAUCCAUCGGAACCGCAGCUUGCGCGGUCACCAGCCCCACGUGGGGCAUCACAGGCCCAUGCUCCUUGUCACGCUGGCGGAGGACUGUGGCUGACCUGUGAAGUACUCUGCUCUAGUAGUAUCCGUAGCCUUCGGUGUAUCCUUGAGUGCCUUAUGCGGCUUGCGAACAAAACGCUGGACUGUGAAGUGAUAAACAUGCCCGACAGUUCCUGGGGGGGCCGGUGCCAGCUCCCUUUGCGUCCCCAAUGCCACCGCCACCACCUCGCGAUGGGCAGCGUGCAUUAGCACGGGAACGAAUUUAGUUUAGACUCAGGAAAUCAUAUUGUGAAUAUGUGUAUGAAACCCUGUACUUACAUAUUGUACAUUUUAUACAAAGGAACUACUGUAAACUUAUGCAAAAUGAGAACCAGAGAAAAUGUUUGGGGGUUUGGUUAUUUUUCCCCCAUGGCCAGUGUGCCGUGACCUAUGUUCUCUAAUACAAUCCCAGCCACCACAUCCUAAAAACAUCAUGUUUGGUUCAGUGCUGAAACAGUAAUUGACAGGCCUAAAAUAGGGCUGGAUUGAUCAAUUCCAGAAUUUUACACAUAUUUUUGUAUUGUGAUUCAUAUGAUAUAUAUCAAGAGACUUUCUAUUCAUUUGUAAAAUACAUAAAUUAUUGUAAACUUUUAAUAAAAAGAUCUGUU